AGUCUACGAUAAGAGUCGGCCUUUUGGGACAGCGGCGGAGGACCUUUUGGGAACUUUCCCUUGGCCUUGUGUUGGUGAUUAUUGCAAGACGGCCUCGCAUUGAGAACCGAGUGUUUCAAUUGUCCGUGAUCUUCCGCUCAGACAUUCGCCUGAAACUGCCUCAUCCUCGGUCCGAUAGGAGUAGAAAUACGUCGAAAUAAGCUUUGGUCAGUUGAGUCCGCGGAAGCAUUUUGUCUCGAAAACCUGCCAAAUCUCAAUUGGAUUCACUUCUUUCCGGGAAACUGCAGCAAAGUCCAGACAAGUGAAGCUUGUCACAAUGUUAGCUAGGAGCUUACCACGAGCGCGAGCGCUUCAUUGCGCCGCUGCUAAGAAUGUCUCUCUAUAUCCUUCUUGCAAUCCGCGCCUUGGACGCGCUCUCAGCAUACAGCGUUGUGCCUUGCGAUCAACCUCGUCCUUGACAUCUUCGCGGCGCGACGGCCGGACCGCUAAUGAGCAUCCACUCGCUAUCACAACAAGCCAUUCACCACUAUCUAUCUCUACGCAAAGAACACCUCUCAGCCUUAUCUCGAAACCGCUGACCAGAUCACAAAUGACGUCUGCGAUCCAACCCCAAAUCUCUAACAUCGAAGACCCUCUGCCCGCGCGCUACGAACCUCCGAAAACGGGCCUGCUCUCGAAACUGCCCUCCUCCUGGGUACCAUAUGCUGAGUUGAUUCGACUGGAUAAGCCGACUGGAACAUACUAUCUUUUCUGGCCCUGUGCGUGGAGUACUUUGAUGGCUGCGCCACUGGCAACUCCCAUUGCAGCCCCCCUAGCCGUCCUUUCUACCGGCGCACUUUUCUUCGCAGGCGCAUUAAUCAUGCGCGGCGCUGGAUGCACCAUCAACGACUUUUGGGACCGCAAGCUUGAUCCCCAUGUGACGCGUACGCGGUUCCGACCUAUUGCGCGGGGCGCCGUCUCACCUACCAACGCCCUUGUCUACACUGGUGCCCAGGGCUUAGCCGGCCUAGCAGUCCUUGUCCAAUUCCCAUGGCAGUGCUUCUGGUAUGCGGUGCCCUCGCUCGCCUUUGUGACAGUGUACCCCCUGGCCAAGCGCAUCACGCAUUACCCGCAAUUCGUCCUCGGCUUGACUUUCUCCUGGGGCGCCAUCAUGGGCUUCCCUGCGCUCGGAGUGGACUUGCUUUCCAACACGUCCGCCCUCACGGCCGCUGCGUGCCUGUACGCCAGCAACGUCGCCUGGGUGAUUCUCUACGAUUUCAUCUAUGCACACAUGGAUAUCCGGGACGAUGUCAAAGCAGGCAUCAAGUCCAUUGCGCUCAAACACGAAAAGGACACCAAGGCCAUCUUGUCCGGUCUCGCGGUCACCCAGGUGGGUCUGCUUGCCGCGGCUGGUGUCGCGGCUGGAGCAGGUCCAGUCUUCUUCGCCGGAACGUGCGGAGGCGCGGCGGCCUCGCUGGCGUACAUGAUCUGGCGAGUCCGUUUAAAGAGUCCUGCAGACUGUUGGUGGUGGUUCCGCUACGGCUGCUGGCUCACCGGCGGUGCUAUUACCGCGGGUCUGGGCGCGGAAUAUCUCGCACAGCUGCUGGGACUGUAUGAGCAGCAGGAGCGUGUGGAGAGUUGAAACUUCCGUCCGAUAUGUAGUUUAAUAAGAUAAAAUCAUGGUAUAAAGGCGUUGACAAAAAGGGUGUGGCUGACUCGUUGAUCCAGCUGUAUGUUUGUAACAUUACUGCAUUGUUCAUCUUCUUCUUCGUUCCCAUCAUCAUCAUCAUCUUCUUUUCAAUUUUUUUUUUUUUUUCCCUUUGUCUCCCCUUU